UCCAGGAAACUUACACACUGUUUGUUUCCUUUCACAGCUCAAAGAAUAUCUCUUUUACCACUUAUCACCCUCACUUCACUGCACUAGAUCUUAAAAAAACUAUACGUCCUUGUCGCCAAAAGGCAGCAAGAUAUUGGUGGGCUAUUUAUUAUUACUGAGAUGGAUUGAAUGGUGACAUGCUCUUAAUGUUGUUGUUGCUGUACGGUUGAGUAUUGCCUGUGUCCACAUACAUAAAAAUUUUAAACAGACAGGAGUUACUGAGGAAUUUGAGAUCCGGGGUUGCUGUUUUGAGUGGAAAAAUAUGGGAAGCUCUGAGGAGAGGGUUGUUGCUGUCAUCAUGGUCGGUGGACCUACUAAAGGCACUAGAUUCAGGCCAUUGUCAUUGGAUAUUCCAAAGCCUCUUUUUCCUCUAGCAGGACAACCAAUGGUUCACCAUCCAAUCUCUGCUUGUAAGAAGAUUCCAAACUUGACACAGAUCUAUCUCGUUGGUUUCUACGAGGAAAGAGAGUUUGCUUUGUAUGUUUCCUCAAUCUCGAAUGAGCUGAAAGUGUCUGUUAGAUAUUUGCGGGAAGAUAAGCCACAUGGUUCUGCUGGCGGGCUUUUUAACUUCAGAGAUCUAAUCAUGGAAGACAACCCGUCCCAUAUCUUUCUGCUGAAUUGUGAUGUUUGCUGCAGUUUUCCACUCCCAGAAAUGCUUGAGGCCCACAGAGCAUAUGGUGGGAUGGGAACUAUCCUAGUAAUCAAGGUCUCAGCUGAGUCAGCCAGCCAGUUUGGGGAAUUGGUAGCUGAUCCUGACACCAAUGAGUUGUUGCAUUACACAGAGAAGCCUGAAACUUUUGUCAGUGACCGGAUAAAUUGUGGUGUUUAUGUUUUUACACCAGAAAUAUUCACAGCCAUCCAGGGUGUUUCUUCUCAACGGAAAGACAGAGCUAAUCUGAGACGUGUUUCUAGCUUUGAAGCCCUCCAAUUUUCUACAAGGAGUCUUCCAACAGAUUAUGUAAGAUUGGAUCAGGAUAUCCUGUCACCCCUUGCUGGAAAAAAACAGCUAUAUACGUAUGAAACCAUGGACUUUUGGGAACAAAUUAAAACUCCUGGAAUGUCUCUAAAGUGUUCUGGUUUAUAUCUUGCACAAUUCCAAUUCACCUCACCCCAUCUUUUGGCUGGUGGUGAUGGCUCAAAGAGUGCUACUAUUGAAGGUGAUGUUUAUAUACAUCCAUCAGCGAAAGUACAUCCAACUGCUAAGAUUGGUCCCAAUGUCUCUAUAUCUGCCAAUGCUCGUAUAGGACCAGGUGCAAGGCUCAUAAGGUGUAUCAUCCUAGAUAACGUUGAGGUCAUGGAAAAUGCAGUUGUCAUUUAUUCAAUUGUUGGGUGGAACUCUUCCAUUGGGAGAUGGUCCCGUGUCCAGGCUGAAGGUGAUUACAAUGCCAAGCUUGGGGUUACAAUCCUUGGCGAAGGUGUUACUGUUGAGGAUGAAGUAGUGGUGAUUAACAGCAUUGUCCUCCCAUACAAGACACUCGAUGUUAGUGUUCAGGACGAAAUUAUUUUAUAGUAGACCUGGAAAGCUCCGAUUUCUGCCAUCUCUCUUUCUUAUACUGGGAAACCUUUUUUUAAAACAUAUAUCGAUUUGUAAAUUGAUAUUUGCAAUUUAUAAUAUUAAAAAUUUUGAUUUC